AUGGCAGACGCUGCAAAUUGGAAAGCCGCGAAUCUGCUGGACUACACCAUGGAGAAUGGGAUGUGCAGCUCGAUCACCGGCCUGGGGCUUGAUGGAAAGCCUUGUGCUCCAUGGCUUGGUUGUUACAUGGACAGCUUCAACGGCUGUCCCACACGGACGGCCACCUGCCAAGCGAAGAUCGUUGCUGUGGGCCAACGUUGUGGCAAUGCGCGCUUUGGGCAGCACAGCUAUAUCAAUGUGGGACGAUGUCGGAUGUACUCUCGUUGUGUUGCAGAUACCACAGAGAUCCCAGGCAUGCUUGGUGCUGGACACUGCUAUCAGAACAUGAUUCACCGGCUGAUCGACUUCUUCGACCCCUUCAACAAAGAUUUGAAGGGAUGA